CCGAGGGUAACGCGUCUAAUUUGUCCAUGUAGUUGUAGUAUACAAUGCAUGCUGACCCUCCAUUAAGUGGACGUAGUUGCAGCCUAACGAUAAGAAACGAGCGGAUGUCUUCGACGUAACGCACAAUAUAUUGUACUUUCUUAUCGGCAAAAAACACUUUCACGCGCCGAUCGGAAGUCCCCUUCCCCAAUCCGUUCUUGAUGUCGGCACUGGUACCGGUAUUUGGGCCAUAGAUAAAGGUAAAGUAAGAGAACCCGACCCGUUGAUUUUUGGUGCGAUAAUCCGCAUACUCCGAUUCCCCAACUCGCCACGAGCCCUUUCUUCGGCUCAUGCCGGCAUUCCUCUGAUUUGGUGGCGGCUUCUCUCUCUCUUUCAGAAAUGACUGUCGCGGUUUUGGCUUCGUCCCGCCAAGUCGUUUGGCGCUAUCUUGGGGUUGUACACGCCCUAAUUAUCUGCGAUCUGCUGCACCUUAUAACGAGGCUUGUCCUUGACCUCACCCUCCUUGACAACCUCAUCUUCUUUUUCGUAUUCGUCCCAAGGCUUGGUCAUUUUGCGUAAAAUUCUUGUAGAAGAAAUACUAUUAGGAGCUGUCGAUCUCUUGGGGUAAGGCUUAUAGUGUGAACCAAAUAUGGUGCUAACGGAUGAAAAAUUCUACUGAAAGGGAAAAGGAAUCUCA